UCACAACAUCUUCCCAGUGUAGGAUGGGUGAGGAGGAGCAGGACUGAGGUCAUGGCCGUUAUACUCAGGAACACAAGAAAGUAGCAGAGACCUUCAUUUAAGGCUUAAAUUUAGUAUUUAGCCUAAAGUUAUUACUUAUUGGAGCUCCAAGUAUCACUUCUGUGUGACCGUUGUGAACCAGUGUGUGAAACAUGUCUUUCCGAACAUCAGGAAAUAUUACAGUAGCAACAAUCCUCAUGUUACUGGCAGGAGCUCAGUCUCAGCAGAGUGUAACUCUCUCCUCUCGGAGCCUCUGUGCUCUUAUUGGAUCUGCAGUAAAAAUACCCUGCAAAUAUACAUCUAGUUCCUCCAGAACGAGAGCGAGAGAGUGGUAUCAGGUCCAGAGAUCUGAUGGAGAACCACAAGAUCUGAGUAAAGACCCUCAAUACUUAGGACGAGUGUCUGUAAGCACACGGUGGAAUGACUGUACACUGACAAUGAACAACGUGAAUGUAAGUGAUUCUGGAGUUUAUAACUUCAGAUUUAGAAUAUGGAGUAGUGAAUGGAUAUCUGCUUCAUCUGGAGUUACUCUAACUGUUACAGAUCUGAAGGUUACGAUGUCAAACACAUAUAGCUGGACAACCACACUGCGCUGCAGCUCCACCUGCACGCUGCCCAACAACCCCACCUACAUCUGGUACAGGAAUGGACAGCCUAUAUAUAACAAGAAUGGACUGUAUGUGUAUGUCAUGAGUAAGAAUGCAGGCAGCUACUCCUGUGCAGUAAGAGGAUAUGAGGAGCUCCGCUCUCCUGCUGUCUGUGUUUAUGGAAAGGACAGCUGCUGGAGUGUAACUUACGUCACCCAGAGCAUCUGUGCUCUGAUUGGUUCAUCAGUGGACAUACACGGUUACUACACCUUCCCGGAUCAGCAGCCCACCCCCCAACCUGCCUGGUACGCCAGACUCCACCCACAGGUCAAAGAGCUGAGUCAUACUGAUGACCGAGUGGAGGUUUUCAGUCACAGAACUAAUGUGAACACACUAAGCCUGAAACAUCUCACAGAGAGUGACUCAGCAGAAUAUCUCCUCCGAUUUAAAGCCCCCUACAUGAUACACACAGAGAGCUCUGCUGGUGUGUCUCUCUCUGUCACAGGCCUGAAGGUGAAUGUGGACUCUCCAGCAGUCCCAGGAUCAGAGGGACAGACAGUAACACUGAGCUGCAGCUCCACCUGCACGCUGCCCAACAACCCCACCUACAUCUGGUACAAGAACGGACAGCCUGUAUAUAACCAGAACACUAAUGGACUGUAUGUGUAUGACUAUAGUGAUGCAGGCAGUUACUCCUGUGCUGUAAGAGGAUAUGAGGAGCUCCGCUCUCCUGCUGUCUACCCUCCCAGAGUCCCGUCUGUUACUGACCGUGUGUCUGGUGACGCGGUGACACUGCUGUGCUACAGUGACUCCAACCCCAUCAGUAAUUACUCCUGGUACAAGAAGACAGGAAGUGAUGUCUUACUGUUAGGAAAUGGCACCAAUUUAACUAUAGCUACAGGAACAAGUGGACGUUUCUACUGUGUGGUGCAGAAUCAAUUUGGAUCAUCUAACUCAUCAGAAUGGUCAUUUACUUCAGGGAACCCAGCUGGGACAUACGCAGCUUCUGGAGUCACUGUGGGUUUGUUUCUGACUCUCAUUGCUGUCUGUCUAUGGAUGAGGGGGCGAACCACAGCUGUCAGCAGCAGGAGUGAGGAGACCAGCGCAAAACAUGAUUCUACUCCUGUAAAUGAUAACGUUUCAGCCUUGGACAUGCCCUCUGACCCCACAAAUGACGACGUUCACUACUCCAACAUUAAUUUCACACGCUGCCACACACAGGAAGUAUCUCUCUACUCUACUGUCCAACUAAUAAUGGCUCUUAGUCAAGAAGAGGAAGUCGAGUAUGCCAGAGUGAAUUUCUCUGCCUGCAAGGACGAAACCCACAUCUACAGCACAAUCUCAAGAACAUGAGAAGAAAAUCCUCCACCAACCAUCAAUCUCCAGUCCUGCGUGAAAAUGAGAAAAGUGCCAACAGUCUUCCACCUUCUCCUCCAAACACAUAUGAAAUUGGUACAAACUAAAUUUAAAAUCUUGCUGGUGAUUUUGAUUUAUUUUAGGGAUCAGUCAGACAGGGUAUUAUUGCCAACUGGACCAAGAUACACAUUAUAAAAUGUUUAUGACAUUAUAUUAUGUAUCAUUUAUUACAUUUAGCCACAGAUUGCUUACCACUGCAAGAAGGAUGGUUAGAAACUCUGCAUGUUAUAUACAUAUACAAACAUGUCAUAAACAUGUAUUUCAUGUCAUAGACAUGUAGAAUAAUAAUGAUACACCAGCCCACAGUAACAGGACAGACUUUAAUUCACUUCACUGCAUUCAAGGAUCUCGGUUCUCUUUGUAAUAUUACCACACAUGAAGAUGUUCUCUGCAGUGCAGUGACCAGUGUCCAGUGACCACUGUACAUACACAGUACUGCAUAAUUCACUGUCCAUGACAUUAUGAUGAUGUUUCCCUACCAUUGUUUCAUUCUUAUUGAUUAGUUUUUAGUACAAUGUGGUAUCUUGAGAGGUGACUGGCUAGAAUGAAUGUCCUUGAAGGUUUUAAUUUUAAUUAUUUAUUCAGACAAAUAUUUUUAACACAGCAUUCCCAGGUCACAGAGUAACAUUCCCAGGUCACAGAGCAGGGGGUCUAAUAGCCUUCAUUCUUGAAUCCUGUACAACAAGUGACUGUUCCACUUAGAGUUGUUGGGUAGCUGAACACUGUACUUUAAAUUCAGAACGAGAGAUCUAAAUCGUCCUUUCACCCAGUCGGCCCUGGAAACAGAACUCAGCACAGAUGUAAUGGCACGAUCCACUCACUGGGUGGCAGCAGCGAUGUGAUAAGACCCUCAAAGCUGAUUGUGCAGAGCGUGUCCCAUAUGGAUAAGAUUUAACAUUUGCUUGUUUAUAUUACAGUAUAUUUUCCAUGUCUACUCUGUAUUUGCACCGAAGCCAAAUAUGCCUGAAAUAUUUCUGUAACAUUUAUCACAAAAGGCUUCACACUUCUUGCACUCAGUAAAUGAUUUAAAAAUUGUAAAAAUGACUUUUGUGGAAUUCAUUCUUUAUUCUUGUUGGCUCCUUAUCUGGUUCGCCAGCAUGUUGCUUGCCCCAAAGCCAUGAUGAUGUUUCCUCCAGACAAUUAGUCGUCACUCCUAACAUCUGAGUUACUGUUAAGAACUUUAGCCAAAUAUUUAGCAAUUUUAGUCAAAAUGAGACUACCAGAGCCCAGACU